AUGGCAUUGCUUUCUUUUACAGUAUUAAUUAUUAUUCUUAUUAUUCUUAUAAUCUUUCGAUUAAAAACAUGGUUUAUUCAAUACAUUAAACUAUUAAAAACUUAUGGAUCUAUACCAUGCCCUCGAAAUAGAUUACCUUUAUUUGGAAAUCUAUUUAAUUUACCAUUAGAUCCCUAUCAAUUCUCUCAAAAACUUGAUUUGUUGUAUGAAGAAAGUAAAACUACAACAUUGUAUUGUUUAUGGCUUGGUACAUAUCCUUUAAUUGCUUUUUUUCAUCCAGUUGGACUUGAGCAUUUUCUUAGUGGCUCAAGGCAUAUAACAAAAUCAUCGGAUUAUGCAUAUCUUUAUCCAUGGCUUAGAACAGGUUUAUUAACAAGUAAUGGAGCAAAAUGGAAAAAUCGUCGACGUAUUAUAACACCUGCCUUUCAUGAUAAAGAAUUACUCAAUAAUUAUGUUGAUAUUUAUAAUGAACAAUCAACUAUUUUAGUUCAACGUUUAAGUUCAAUUGAAUCAGGAAAAGAAGUUAAUUUAUAUUCAUAUAUUGCAUCAUGUGCUUUGGAUAUUAUCUGUGAAGCUGCAAUGGGUUUAAAUAUUGGUGCUCAACAAAAAAAAAAUUCACAAUAUGUUGACGCUGUUUUAAAAUUAACAGAUAUAAUACUAAAACGUCAACGUAUGCCAUGGCUAUGGCCUGAUUUAUUAUUUAAAUUAUUACCAGAAGGACGAGAUCAUGAUCGAAAUUUAAAUAUAAUUCAUCAAUUUACAAAAAAAGUUAUUGAUGAUCGUGCUCAAGCAUUUCGUGCUGAUGAAAAUCGUGGAAAACGUUAUGCAUUUCUUGAUUUACUUCUUAAACAAAUGAAUGAUGAACAAUUAACACUUCUGGAUAUUCAAGAAGAAGUCGAUACAUUUAUGUUUGAAGGACAUGAUACAACUGCAGCAGCAAUUAAUUUUACUUGUUUUAUGAUUGCAUCACAUCCAGAAGUACAAAAAAAAUUACAUGAAGAAAUUGAUAGAGUUUUUGGAAAUGAUCGUGAUCGUCCAUGUACAAUGGAAGAUUUAAAUGAAUUAGAAUAUUUAGAAUGUGUUAUUAAAGAAACACUUCGACUUUAUCCAUCAGUUCCAUUUAUUGCACGUGAAAUACAAGAAGAUUUUAUGUAUCAUGGUUAUAAACUUUUAAAAGGUUCAACAGCUGUUAUAUUUAUUUAUUAUGUUCAUCGUGAUCCAAAACAUUUUCCUGAUCCUGAUCGUUUUGAUCCAGAUCGUUUUUUACCAGAAAAUAGUCAUAAUCGAUCACCAUUUGCUUUUGUACCAUUUUCAGCUGGUUCAAGAAAUUGUAUUGGACAACGAUUUGCUAUGUUAGAAGAAAAAUCUAUGUUAUCAUGGAUAUUAAGACGAUUUAAAUUAAAAACAUCUCAAACAUUUAAUGAUUUAAAUCUUUCAUUUGAAAUUAUUCUUCGUUCAGAACAUGGUGCUUUUGUACAACUUGAAUGUCGUGUUUAA